GACCCCCCAAACCCCCCAUGGCCUCAGCCUUCAGCGAGGGGCAGGCCGAGCCCCCCGGCCAGCACCCGGAGCGCCCCGCCUCGCUGGUGGGGGGCACCCUGGAGGCGUGGGGCCGGAGCCCGCGGGCGGGCGGGGACAAGCGGGUGCUGGACCAGGUGCAGCGGCUGGAGGGGAACGCGCAGUGCUGCGACUGCCGGGAGCCCGCGCCCGAGUGGGCCAGCAUCAACCUGGGCAUCACCCUGUGCAUCGAGUGCUCCGGCAUCCACCGGAGCCUGGGGGUCCAUUUCUCCAAGGUUCGCUCCCUGACGCUCGACUCCUGGGAGCCGGAGCUCGUCAAGCUGAUGUGCGAGCUGGGGAACGGAGCCCUGAACCGCAUCUACGAGGCGCGUGUGGACGAGAUGACGGUCAAGAGACCCCAGCCCGGCUGCUCCCGGGCGGAGAAGGAGAGCUGGAUCCGGGCCAAAUACGUGGAGAAGAAAUUCAUCACCAAGUUGCCGGAGGCACGGCUGAGCCGGGGGGGGCGCCGGGGACCCCUCGACCGGGACCGGCCCCCCAGGCCCCCCCUCAAACCCAAACCGGGCAGCGUUGGCCGGGCUGCAGAGCCAGGGGAGGCCGGCUCCCCCCCUGAAGACCUGCGCAGCCUCCACCCGGGGGCGCUGCUUUACUGGGCCGCCGGCCACCAGAACCUGCCCACCAUGGCCGACGCCCUGGCCCACGGCGCCGACGUCAACUGGGUCAACGCCGCCGAGGACAGCCGGACCCCGCUGCUGCGGGCCGUGGCCGCGAACUCCCUGCUGGCCUGCGAGUUCCUGCUGCAGAACGGAGCCAACGUCAACCAGGCCGACAGCGCCGGGCGGGGGCCCCUGCACCACGCCACCAUCCUGGGCCACACCGGGCUGGCCUGCCUGUUCCUCAAGCGGGGGGCCAAUCUGAAUGCGGUCGACAUGGAGGGGAAGGAACCGCUCUCCAUCGCCAUAGACACGGCCAACGCGGACAUCGUCACCCUGCUGCGGCUGGCCAAGAUGCGGGAGGCGGAGGUCGCGCAGGGACAGUCAGGCGACGAGACCUACCUCGACAUCUUCCGGGACUUCUCCCUGAUGGCGUCCGACAACCCCGAGAAGUUGACCCGCCGCGACCUGAAACUCACCACCCUGUAGCCCCCGGGGGGGGGCACCGCCGAGCCACCAUCGCCUUUCAUGUGUCUGUCGGGGGGCGGGGGGGGGAGAGAAUCCCCUCCCCCACUCCUGGCUCCUCCCCCUUCCCCGGCUGGGCGGGGCAGCGAUGCAGUGGGGACUCCUCCCCCCAGCCCCGGGCUGCCUUGUUAAUUACCCCCCCCCAUUGUUCUGUUGCUUUGAUGUGACUCUUGGGUAAGAGGUAAUAGGGGGUAGGGGCCGAUUUCCUGUCGCCCCCACUCCUGCCCCCUAUCCCAGGCCAGGGGCUGAUCUUUUGGCCCCUAGAUCGCCCCCUCGUUAUAAGGCAGGGGCUUACCCUUCCCCCACCUCCAUUAUGGGGAGGGGCUUCUCCCUGGCCCCCCUUCUGGCCCCCAGAUUCCCCCCUCCCGUUUAUGGGGCAGGGGCUAAUCUCAUAUCCCCACCAGUCCUAUUUAUUGUUUCUAUGGGACCACCCUCCCUGUUUGUUGUUUUAACCCCCCCCCAAUGGACACGCACACGGCCCCCCUCCUCCGGUUGAGAUGUCUUUCUUCUGAGUGGGGGGCCCCCGUCUCUGAAUGGAGGGGAAGGAGGAGCCCCCCUUCCCCCCCCCACUGCGGGAGCAGCGGGAGAUCCGGGCAUCUGUACAAAGCUGGCAUGCAAUAAACAGACCAGGCUGGAAUAUCAA